UGGGGAGGCCUGGACGGCUGUUCCAGCACCCAGAAUGACCCCAGCACUAUGAGACACUAAAACCACCUGCCAGCCUUCUGCCUCCGAUCUUCCAACUCCGAGUCUCACGUCUCCCGCUCCGAGUCGGCGCUGCAGCUGCUUCAUCUGCGGCUCCGCAAAUCCGCUCGAGUACCUUACAACUCCAAACACUCUCAACUGACGUACUGCGGUACAUUUGGAACUCACAUUCUCCUUGCUGCCGCUCAACAUCCCCCCAUGCGAAGUUAAAUAUCUCUGAUCGACCUCAACAACUCCUAACCUUGUCAACUCACUGCGGCCGUGAUUAACUCCGGCCUUCAGUUGGCCUGUAUCCCGCUCCGCAGUCUUACCGUAGUCAGGCAUCCUUCGAAGAACAACGCUUCUCCCGCGCCACGAACCCACCCUUUCACACACAAUGUCGAACGCGUCCCAGCUACUGCUGCUUGUCGAUCAUACGAAGCUCCUCCUGCUCGAGCGCGUACGGGUCCUCGGUCUGAAACAAGAGACGAAAACACUAGACUCCAACAUCGCCCGCUCUCUAGAAUCGUUACGAGAGGGCAUCGAAUCACUCGCUACCCGUUCGCCGGACGACGAGUCAUUGGAGCAACUAAGGUCAGAAUACGAUGAACUGUGUAAGCUGUUCCGUGGCGAGGACACCACUUCGGCUGCCACAACGCAGUCAUCUUCGCACGACCCUGUGUUGAAGGACGACUUUGCUCGCGCUCAAAGUCGCAUCUCCAGCGACUCUCGGCGGCAACUUACUUCGAACCUACGAAAGCAAGACUCUACCCAGACGAGCCAAACUUCCAAAAAUGUCCGGUUCCGCGACAAUCCUUCACAAGAGUCUCUUGAUGAGCAGGACGAGGCCAACCGCGCUGCAUUAUUUACGCAAAGAUAUACAGACGAUGACACGGAUCGCGUAAAGACUCCAGACCCGACUUCGAUGACCAAUGUACAAAUUCAUGCGUACCACCAGCAGGUCAUGGCCGAACAAGAUGAACAACUCGACCGGCUGGGAGAGUCCAUCGGCCGCCAACGACAUUUGGCAUUACAAGUCGGUGACGAGUUGGAAGGUCAGAUUUCCUUGCUGGACGAGGUGGAUCGAGGCGUGGAUAGACAUCAGAGUCGCCUAGACGGUGCAAAACGGCGGUUAAAGGGCGUAAGCCGAACAGCCAAGCAGAACUGGGGGAUGACGACGAUCAUUGUUCUGAUUGUCAUUUUGCUUCUGUUGAUUGUGCUUUUGAAAUGAUGUGGCAGCUUGUUUCUGGACACACGCUGCUGGCAAGAGAAAGGCGUUACGGGUUUGGUCUUGGGACAUGGCAUGUUCCAUAUUUCAAUCAUGAGUACGUAUCUUCUUUACACUGCUGCGUCAGAGCGCUUUUCAGGCGGCUUGAUCCUCAGCCAUUGAAAGCAAAGCUUGCUGGGAAGCGUAUAAUAAUGCCAUCACGAAUGCUACAAACUUUUUUUUCUUCCA